UGAUCAUCGAUAUUGAUAAUCGAAAUACCAUUAAUCGAUAAACAGCGUUAUUUCCGCCAUUACUCUGUAGGAGGCGUCGAAUAUAUACUGUUCCGUUGCUUUUAUUACCUAAAGUGUUCGAGUACCACGAAUAAAGUGUCUUAAAUGUGCAAUUCAGAUACCAGGGUUGUCGAAAUCUCAGAUCAACGCUCGACGAUAGUGUAAAGUGCCGGUGCCAAAAAAUGAGCCUCCUGCCAAGCAGCUUCUGGUAUGACGCCGUUUGUGAUCCUCGUGCCUCCAUUACUCCUUCGGACAAUGUCUUCUUCCAAACACAACAAUUGGAGCCAGUGCCAAUUGGGACCGAGUUUUCUGCAGUUACAGCAAAUAUCCACCGUAACUCGCCCACUAACGCUCAUCUUUCAACCAACCAACUCCCCGCUAACAAUCGCAGAAAUGCGCCCGAAGUAGUAAAGAAUAUAAUUCGCCAAAACAAACACGCGAAUCGGAGAGAAUCGAGUCGCACGAGCGGUCAUCGUGGUCGUUCGUCGCUCGAGACUGAUCAUGCGAAUUCCUGAAAAUGCGCAGGACGAGCAGCAACGGUUUGAAGCUCGACCUGACGGAGAACACGCCAGGUAGCUCGUUGUCCCGGCUGCCUAACUUAGUGGAGCAUGCGGAGACAUGUCAGGCCCUGUCCGCUGGGACCGGUGAGAAUUUAAGCAGUAAAUUGCCGAACGUGGUCGAGGGCUCGAUGGACUAUGGUAGCGAGCGUAGAUCGUCCCGGUACCUCGAGUACCAAGACUCGAAACCGUAUCAGGAUCCACAGACGGCUUCCGGUCUGCCGUCGUACGAACAGCAAGCCUAUCAUGAUCAGUCGAGAGGUUACAGGGGAUACGAACGAAAGCCGUACGACAGGGAGGAUAUCGAGCGAUACGAUAACAGAAUUUAUCCAGAGGAUAACCUGAGGUACGAUCAUCGAGGGGAUCAGAGAACGUAUCAAGAGUCGGACUUGGACGCACCGUACGAGAGAAGCGAUGCCCAGAAGCUCAGCAGGGCUUAUCCCACGGAGUUGCAGGAAGCCGGGGCUAGAAGGUACUCGAGAGACCUGACCGAUUACGAAUACGCGUCCCGAUACGCGGAGGAAACGUUGAAGCUCGAACCGAAGAAAGAUCCCCACCACCAUCAUCAUUCCGGGAAAGUGUACGAGCCAACUCCGUCGAAGGGUUACGAGUCCGGGGUGAAGACGCACGAUUCCGCUUACGAAUUAUCCUGUUCCGCGCAACAGGAUCUCGGUAACCGGAAAUACGAGAGCAAAUACCAUUCCGUUAGCAAAAUGUACGGUACAUUGCCGAGGUACGAGAGCAGCAAGACGUACGAGCCCAGAUCGUACGAAUACGAGGAGCAAUCCUACGAAGGCGGUAGCAAAGCUUACGAGCCUUCUAAAUACGAAUUGACUAGCUCGAAAAGCUACGAGAGGACCAAAUACGAUGGUUCGUCGAGCUCCAGGUAUCAGGACAAGUCGUACGAUCAGACGUUGAAGAUCGGUGAACUAGGAUCCUCGUCGUCUACCGCUUACGUGAGAAAGGCACAGGAUCAGGAAGAAACUAACGCGGAGAAAAUGAACGGGUAUAGAAAGAAUAAUUUUGAAGCCUAUGGGGUUUACUCGGAUCCUGAAGACGAUCAUGGUUUUCUGGCUGAGAAGAAGACACCGCAGUAUCCUUACAAGGGUGUCGUGGUGAACGUUAGCGGGGAGUCGAGCGUCAUUGAUCAGAAACGGACCAAGGAUGGCAGGCAGACCGAAAUGCCGGGAAAUCCUUGGUGCAGGCCUACUAUACUCUUGCUUCUAUUGGUACUGCUUGUUGUUAUCUUCGUGUUCGUCGCUGGGAUACUUCUAUACCUAAACUACAUGUCUUACAGGCCCCAGCGUCCCAUUAUCGAGGGUAAGGAUCUAAAUUUCGCCAGUAAUAACGCGGAACCCUGCGAGAAGACUUACUGUUCUUGGGGUGCAACGUGUGUCGUGGCGGAAAAUGGAAAACCUUUGUGCCAGUGUCCUGACGAUUGCCCUUCGACUUCUAAACCUGUCUGCGGCUCUGAUAACGUGACCUACACUAAUCAUUGCCAUCUACAAAAAACUAGCUGCCUAGAGAGAAGAACAACGCGCGUCAACCAUGAGGGUGCAUGCAAAAUCAAGGACCCUUGCGAGAAACUGAACUGCACUCAAGGUUCGCAAUGUGUGCGGAGCAGAGACGGUGCCGAGGCAACCUGCGAAUGCCUCGAGUCCUGUCCUAAUUUAGGGGAUCAUGAAGGAUCGGGUCCUGUCUGUGGCACAGAUGGGGUCGACUAUCCGUCCCUCUGCGAGCUGAAUAGAGCAGCCUGCGCGAAGGGUGCUAACAUCACAGUGGCAUUCCAAGGCAAAUGUGAUCCUUGCGGUAACGUGGAGUGCGCAGAGCCGGAAAUCUGUCAGCUGGACGACUCGAGGCAACCGGGCUGUCGUUGCGGUGAGCAGUGCGGCCUCGAGUUCGCGCCAGUUUGCGGAAGUGAUGGUAAAACAUACUCGAAUGAAUGCAGCCUCAGGCAGGAAGCUUGCAGAUCGAGAUUAUCUCUUAGGAAGGUGUAUAACGACGCCUGCAGCUCAGGAAUUAAUCCGUGUGACGAGGCGAAGUGCGGCCCGUACGAGCAGUGCGUUAUCAAUCGUCAAGGAAUUGCGAGCUGCGAAUGUGGGCCAGAAUGCGAACCGGUGAUGAGACCGGUGUGCGCACGCGGUGGAAAAACUUACACAUCGUUGUGCGAGCUGAAGAGACAGGCCUGUUUAACGAAGACCAACAUCGAGGUCGCCUACACGGGAACUUGUGGCUCUAGGGGACCAUGCUCGGAGAAGAUCUGUCAGUGGGGUGCGAUUUGCGCUGAAACGGGCGGCACUGCGAUUUGCGAAUGUCCAACUUGUCCGGCGGAAUUUCAACCAGUUUGCGGAAACGAUGGCAUCAGCUACGGGAACGAGUGCAAGCUUCGCCUCGAGGGUUGUAAACAUCGACGAGAGAUCCGAGUGUUUUAUCAGGGACUUUGCAAUGGCUGCGAAAAUAAGAAGUGCGAUUAUUAUGCUGAAUGCAAGAGCGACAGCGGAGGGGAGGCCAAAUGUGUCUGUCCUAGCAAAUGCGAGAGCUCGGGCAAAGAGCCCGCAGAUGCGGAGAAAGUUUGUGGUUCUGAUGGAAUAACUUAUGCCAACGAGUGUUCGCUGAAGGUAGCAUCUUGCACUUCUCAAACUCACAUCACUGUCAACUAUAUAGGUGACUGUGAGCUGUGUGCACGGGUAGAAUGCGAACACGGAGCACACUGUAUGGCUGGGGUAUGCGUGUGCCCAGACGAGUGUCCAGAAAACACUGGCGAGGCAGUGUGCGGCAGCGAUGCCAAAACGUAUCCAUCCGAAUGUGAACUUCAAAAGGCAGCCUGUGGUAGAGAUCCUAAAUUGCCAGUGUUGCACGUGAUAUUCUACGGCGACUGCGGCGAUCGAUUCGCUGUAGCAGCAUUGACAACGAUGUCGACGCCUGCGGUGGUUCGAUUGGCCACCACCGCCGUUGACGUGACCAGCACCCAGGUACGCGAAGCUUGCAAAAACAUUAAUUGCGACUUCGAGGCGACCUGCGAACUAGGACCCGACGAGUACCCGAGGUGUAGCUGCAAAUUCGACUGCGCCUCGAUUUCACCUGAAAACAUGCGCGUCGUUUGCGGCAGCGACCUAAGGACGUAUUCGUCCUUGUGCGCUAUGAAAAUGGAGGCGUGUCAGAGGCAGCAAGAGCUCAGACCUAGACCCCUUGAACUUUGCCAAGGUAUGGAAGUAAAACCCUGUAAUGGAGAUCCACCAUUGGUGGAUGCAGAUGGAAAAGAAUACGAUUGCGGUAAUGGACCAGAACGAAGAGACUGUCCCAGUAACAGUUACUGUCAUCAAACUACUAAAAUAGCACGUUGCUGUAGGAAAGCUCAAGGUACCCAGGUAGUGAAGUGUAUAGAUUCCUGGCACGGUUGUUGCCCGGAUGGCAAAACAGCUGCACGAGGACCCAAUGGUGCAGGAUGUCCUAGCCUGUGCAAUUGCAACAGGCUAGGUAGUGUCUCUGACACCUGCAAUCCAGAAACCGGACAAUGCGAAUGCAAACCAGGCGUAGGUGGACUUAGAUGCGACAGAUGCAUGCCUGGUUACUGGGGUCUUCCUAAGAUAAGCGAAGGUCAUCAGGGAUGCAUACCGUGCGGGUGUUCGCUUUUUGGCUCUGUCAGAGAGGACUGCGAGCAAAUGACAGGUCGUUGUGUUUGCAAACCGGACAUCCAGGGUCAAAAGUGUACUAUUUGUACCGACCACAACAAGAUACUAACACCUACUGGUUGCUAUUCAGCGGACACGAUACCACCGAUACCAACGUCCUGCAACGAACUGGAAUGUUAUUCCGGUGGGCAGUGUUCAGAGAUCGGUGGUCCACAUUGCGUCUGUCCAUCGUCCUGUCCAUCGGAUAUACCAUCGGUACCGGUAUGUGGUAGCGAUGGACAGACAUACGACAACGAGUGCGAGCUAAGGCUGUACGCUUGUCGCCACCAGGCAGACGUGGUCACUCAAGCUUUUGGCCACUGCAGAGACGACCCCAUGGUGAAUACGGAUUUCCCCGUGAAAAGGUAUACAGCGGUGCAAUAUACCCAACCAGCAGCCGCCAUUUCACCAUUGUCCAAAUCGACCAGACAUCUAUUGGUACCGGAACCGGAUCCACGUUAUUAUUACACCCAUCGAGCCCAUCAAGAAACCAUCACGAUCGACCGGGAUAAUUUGAAGCAUGGAGUGGCGGCAGCGUAUCGACCAACCCCUGCAACAAUUCGGGUGGUUACCGCGUUGUUGGGUGAUCUAUGCACCGACGACAAAGAUUGCACUAUUCCCAACAGUGAAUGUUCGAAUGGAGGAUGCAUCUGUUCGGAGGGGUACGCGGAAACCAGCGACAGGCAGGAGUGUUUUGCUAAUUACGUGCCUGUAACGCCGACCGAGGAAUUUCGUGCCUGUCUGUCGUAUCCGUGUCACGCGACGUCAACGUGCAUCGAUCUGCCCAGUGCAACGUUCGUUUGCAUCUGUCGUCCAAAUUACACCGGCCUAUUAUGCGACGAGGAGAUCAACAAAAGGGAUUACGAAGUGCCGUCGUUCGACGGCAAGAGCUACGUCAGAAUGAACAGGUUGAAAGCUUACCACAAGUUUAGCGUCGAGGUCGAGUUCAAGACGUACGCCGACAAUGGGAUUAUACUGUACAACCAACAGAAGAGCGACGGCACCGGGGAUUUCGUCUCGUUGGCUAUCGUCGACGGGCACGUUCAAUUUCGAUACAAUUUGGGAAAUGGCCCGGUGAUAUUGAUCUCACCCGAGAGGGUUACCAUGAAAACGUUCCAUCGUGUGGCAGCGAAGAGGUACCAUAAGGAUGGUGUUCUAAUCUUCAACGAUGGGGAGGAUGUUGCCGGGCAAAGUCAAGGGAUGCUGAAGUCGUUGGAUCUGAAUCAGGACACGUUCAUCGGGAAUAUGCCCACAAAUUCUUCCAAAGUUUACGACAACAUCGGCACCAACCACGGUUUCCUCGGCUGCAUAAGGAAGCUAAAAAUCAAUAGAAACUUCGUCGAUCUCCACGUGGGUCACGACAAGGACAUCCUAGAAACGUAUCGAGUGAAAGAGUGCGGGGAAAACGCGUGCGCGAAUCUGCCCUGUCAAAACGGUGCAACUUGUCAGCCAAUUUUCGAGGAGGAUCUUUGCAAUGACCGUGAAUGCAGAAGAAUUGAGAAACGAGGAAAAGGGAAGAAUAAGAAUGGAGUGAACAUUGUACGAUGCAAGGGAUCGCAUUGCACGUCGAUCGAUCAACGAAGAUCGAAGAAGAACGCGAAGAAACGUUGCGCAGCUCCUAAAUGCGACUACGAUUACGAUGUCGAUUAUGAGAAUAGUUACGAACACGGAAAUUAUGCGGUGGAAAAGUAUGAGCCACCUGAUUAUAGGUGCAUUUGUCCGCCUCAAUUCACUGGCAGAAAUUGCGAAGAAUCAUUGGAUCCAUGUUUAGGUGAACCUUGCCAACAUGGGGCUACUUGCGAUAUUCUUCCUCAAGGGGGUUACGUUUGCAAAUGUCCACCCGGUAGAACUGGCGAACAUUGUGAAAUUUUGGACGCCGAAUUGACGGAGCUGUUAAUACCUCAAAUGUCCGGGGACGGUUUCCUCGAACUACCCUGCCUCGAGGGUGUCGCUAAAGCGUUCUCUAUAGAGCUUUGGUUCCUUACGCACGCCAGCGAUGGAUUGUUACUUUACAAUGGCCAAUUGAAUAACGGACGUGGUGAUUUCAUUAGCCUGAAUUUAGUCCACGGCAAGCUGGAGUUUCGAUUCAAUCUCGGAAGUGGUAUCGCCAAUAUCAGUUCACCGGAUCCUGUCACGCUCGAUACGUGGCACUGCGUUAGAAUCAGCAGGCUGGGUAGAGAAGGUGUCCUUCAAUUAGAUGAUGGAACGGUUGCCAGAGGGCUAUCCGGAAAUCCUUUGACAGAGCUGAAUUUAGAAAUGCCUCUCUACGUCGGGGGUGUUAAACAUUGGAGGGAAGUCCAUCGACUUGCCGGAGCCUGGACUGGAUUAGUAGGAGCAGUACAAAGACUGAUGGUGAAUGGAAAAACGUAUCAAAACCUAGCCGUCAAUGUUACUCAACACAACACAGAGAUCUAUGAUGGUCUACCAUGUCCUAGCAAUGAGAAUCCCUGUCACAAUGGUGGAGUUUGCCUACCUUUACUAAACAGUUACCUCUGCAAGUGUGCCAGUGGUUACAAUGGGCUUCAUUGCGAAUUUUUCAUGGGAUACGAUGUAUCUACCGAGCUCUCAGAGAGGCCAGUCCGUUUCAAAGGCGACAAUUUCUUGCAAUUCAGACAUCGUAACGGAAGAAGUACUAACUCGACUAACACUACCCUCGGCGAGUACUAUGAGGAGUCCUACUCCGACUACGACUUGGAGGAUGAUGUCGACUACGAGUACGACAGUUACGAUUACACGGAGCGCAAGGGACAACAAUCCAACAAGUUUGAACUGAGAUUAAGAACGACGCAUUCAGAAGGUCUUAUUGCUUGGAUUGGAAGAGGGAAGAUCGAACAUCUUCUAUUGUCAUUGCACGGUGGUCAAGUGGUUCUUACGUAUAAAAGCAGGAACGAACAGACGUCUUUGAGAAGCAGGGAACGAGUGGACGAUGGUUUCUUCCACCACAUCAAAGCCUCGAGAAGACGAAGGGCAUUGACGAUACAAAUCGACGAUUUUGCCCCUGUGAAGAUAUCGACGGAGACAACCCUUUUAACAACAAACGGCAAACUGUUCGUCGGCGGGAAACCGGGUCACCGUGGCAUCAAAGGAUGUGUGUCUGAAUUCGUGGUGGACAAACGUCGCCUUCAGUUGGCCAGGCGGAAAAUAGAGUACUGUCACGACAACGAUGUAUGAUAACGAAUCCAGGGAACGACGAUUGUCAACGUGACGUCGCCUCUGGCCAACCUCGUCGACCGGACGACGCUUUCGUCCUCGAUGAGUUAGCACCAGCCGAAAAAUCCAUGACAACGGACGAGCAUGGAAUCUUUGGUGUUCGUCGGGAACGAGACGGAUUCGCGGAUACCGUGAAACGUGACAGGAAACGGAAUUAGAGCUGAACUCUGAUCCGUAUCGAGACACGCGAUUCCUGCCAAAGUUGUGCGAGAGUAAUCCGUUGAAGAAGAUAACGAUGAUCGUGCCAUGAAAAAAAAAAGGGAUAAAAACCUCGGAUUCAAUAAAACGUAGCAAGCUAACUCGUAUAUUUAUUUUCGUUUCGAAAUAGCAUAGGAAGGAGACGAAGAGGAGACGAAUGCGCGAAUCGUCGCGCGAAACGCGGUACGUUCUCAUCUAAGGACAAUAAUAUAUUUUUAAGGUGACGAGAUUAAUGAUUAAACGCGUGUACGUAUAUAAAACCAAGGGGGGGAUAAAAAGAUGUUAAGACUUCUAUUUGAUAAGUUAAUCAAUGUCGAAGAGGAGAGGGGGCAGGGGAGAGGGCCAGAGGCGAUAUUAAUGGAUAAUCGUUAGACGUUAAUCGGUAAGUUAUAUAAUAUAUCGGAGCACAGCUAUAAAUGUUUAACGAUGCCCAAGACUGAUUAAGAGGGACGGUAAACAAGGACGAGUCGAAGGUGUUGAAUAGUUUAAAGAGAUAUGAAACAAUAUGAGAAAAAAAAAAUUAUAAAAUGAAACGACGAAACGAUAAAUCAUCGGUGUUAUGUUUGAGUGUUUCGGUAGAGAGAUUUAAUGAUCGUGGAUUUAUCCGAAUAGAGGAAUGUAUUUUAAAGGACUUGUUGAUUUAUGCCAGUAGAGGACAAACAAAGAUGAUGAAAAUGAAUUAAAAAAAAAAAAAUUAUGUACACUAACAGACACACACGUACACUGAAAACAUACCAGACUAUAUUUGAACAGGAUCACACCGUACAACGUUGUUUCUAUAGACAAGCAAGGCUUUUUACGAAAACGCGCAAACGAUAUGUAUACAUGAUAUUAUGCAAAUUACAUUCCAUGUAAUGGACAACAGUGCGAAUUAAAUUCUAUGUAGAAGCCGCGAUAACGCGUAUCGUUGGUCAACGAUCAUAUCCUGUUACAUUUCGAGACGGUACAGAGAAAUGCAUCGAGCUCGCCUCGAGGAUACUCCAUUUCCCUUCGACAAUCCGUGACACAUUUAUCGCGUGAAUAGCUUCAGCAUAAAAUGUAAAGCACCAUUUACAAGCGUAACGACGACGUUUCUUCUUGAUAUAUACAUACAGGGUUCCACUGCGAUCGAUUCAGAAUGUAAAUGGAUUCAAAUUGGAAGGGAACAGAGGCGUGCAUGCAUUAAAAGGCGGAGAACAACGACGAAUCGUUUCCCUGACACGAUAACAUUGUCCAACAGUCUGUGUUGCUUAUAGAGUUUCAUGCUCUGCUUGCCAAUCUGCAAAUCGUUAUCGUCUAUCAUCUUUAGCUUCCGAGAAAUUUUAUUUAGAAUAGAAAUUUAUAUUUUUUGAUCACGUGGUUGAGAAAAAGAUAAAUUUGUUUGAAAAUAAAAAUUUCUCAAAUAAAUGUGAUGGAAAUAGGCGAUCUGCAAAUUUGUAAUUAGUACAUAAAUGAUAUAGUAAAUAUUAGAACACUAAAAUAAAAAAAAAUUGAUGUUUGUUGGACAAUGUAAUUAUUUUGUGGGGUGAAUGACUUGAAAGGGACACUUCGAAUAUUUUAUUAUAAAAAAAUAUUCGAGAAGCGAUUCGACCAUUCCACGUAACAAAGAAUAAUGAUCAUUACAUAAUUAUGUACCGCUUGUAUGUAAUCGAAUGAUCAGCGAGAAGUGUCUGAAUGAAAAGUAACGUAUGCCUGAGAGAAAUAUACGAAGAUGGUUAUACUACUUGUAAAUAUAAUUACCACGCGCUAAUUCCACGAAUUAUUAUCGUUUUAAUGUGUAACGUGCGGCUACGUAAACCGGACCUAAAGAAUCACCAGGACGACCUAAUUAAUCGUAAAAUGAUUCAUCGAAUCAGCCUCUUUCGACGAUUUCAUUUCUGCCCAACGUUCGUGAGAACGAAGAUGUCUACGUCGACGUGUUCUUCCCUCCCCUUUCCCCCAAUUAUUAAUAAUCGAACUGAGCGUCUAAAACCAGAAGCCUAAGUUGAUUGAUUAUUGAAACCGACUGUCGAUCUAUUGCGAAGACGCUAUCGAAGAUUUAUUCUCGACUUGUUUCGUCGAACGUUUCCAGCGUCGCUCGACAACCUACGAAUAAACGUUUUAUUUGUAAAAAGAAAAAAAAAAGAAAAUGGGAAGAAGAACGAACAAUUGUUAGCAAGUAAGCGACGAGAAUGCGGGAAGCUGGUAAUUCUAAGAUCGUUUUUGAGUGCACUAUAUUUGCGUACGUAAUUGUAGAGUCUAAGAGCGAACACGACACAUAUCUUUAACGUGUAUCAGUUUUUUAUACGUAUCAAAUUCGACGUGUAUAUACGAUCAUUUCUGUCUGGAAAUGUUCGACGUCCAAAGUGUUCGCGUGUUUCUAUUCAAAUUAAAUUGGAAUACAAAUAAAUAUGCAAAUUGCACUAUUAGUAGAACAGUGAAUAUGAUCGUAGUUUGCUGCAAAAAUAAUAUUUUUAGCAGUUUAAUAAUUCAGUGAAAAAUUGUAAUUUAAUCAAAACUACGAUAGAGGAAAUAUUAUAAUAUUAGAUUACACGGUAAUUAGUUUUAUUACUUUACUUGCUCCUUAAGGAGAGUAAUUUUUAAUACAUCAAAAUUCAUUUCUUUUGCUAUCUGCUCUAUCGCUGUUUUUCUCAAAUUAUCAAUUAUUGCGCUAAAUUAUCAAAAGCAGUUUUAUAUAAAUUUGAGAAACACGUGAACGUCUUAAACUUCGAUUUCGUUAUCGAACAUUUUUUAACGAACCUUUCUCUUCGUUACGUUCGUUGGUUUCGGAGGCACGCUUACGCGAAGUUUUGAUAAAAGAAUCGCUUUUUCUCUGUAACAUUGUAAAACGUUUCGAAACAAACAUAUCCUGGUCGUAUCCGACUGAGAAGAUCGAAACACGUGUUCGUUCUCGAACAAUAAAAAAAUUAUUCCUCGUUGUUAACGUGCGAGAAUUGAAAUGAUCGUGAGCAAUAUCGUCACAUAUCUUUUUCUCUUGAAAUGUGAUCCUUUGUAUUCUUCCAACGAAUAUCACGUUUACACAUAUCGAAACGAAAUUUUGUGGCCAGUGUUUCUGAUUAGACGGAGUGAAAAAGCGUUUCAUUGAAACAAGGAAAACGUUUCCUUCGAUUCGUCGAAGUGGCUUUCACGAAAUAGUAUGCAUUAGAAAUAAAAUAAAAUAAAAUAAAAUAAAAAUUUUAAAUGCGUUUCUAUUUGUAGAUAAAAAAAAAAUUGUGUUAGAAAUUCAGGACAUCGAGAAAAAAUGAAAUGAUUGAUUGAAAUUUUCAUAUUUAAUUUCUUGUAAUAAUUCGUGAAAGACUAUCGAUGAAUCGCAAGUGUGUUCGUUAUUUAAGUAUAUAUCGUAAAGCUCGCACAUCAUUGUAAAAUUGCAAUGCGUCAAGUGUAUUCUAUAGAAUACGGUAUGAGAUAAUGAAACGCAAUCAAGGUGUAACCAUAACAAUAAUUUACGUUGUUCAAAAGGACACCAAUUUAAAUCGAUGCGAUGUCGAUAAGAGCACACAGGAGCGAGAGAAAAAAAAUGAAAAUUCCAAUCCAUGCCUGAUAAUUACUGCCAAUAUAGAUAGCGAUCGUGUGAACGAUGUUUAACUUCGACUUCCCUUCACUUCUGUAACCUACGAAACAUUCGAUAAAGGGGAGAAGCGAUUAUCCUUAUUGAUCGACAAGAAAUGAAACGAAUUUUCGAAACUUUUCUUUGUACACACAUUGUUCAGUGUCGUUUGGUUUCGGCGAAGAACACUCAUACGACUGGACACGAUCAUCUGAAUUAGGUUUUUUAUUUACUUUGAUACCGUCUUUAUUGCGACCACUUCGCCGUUCGCUGACCUAAAGUAUUUGUGAGCUAUACUGUAUAACAAAAGUACGCGUUGUAAAGUGACUGUAUAU